UGCAACUACCACCGAGAUGCCCGGAUGUCGUUGCUUCCCUCUCUCCCUCUCUGCAAGGCGGCAUAUUCGAAAAAGGUUAGAAUCUGUCCGACUAUGAUCGGGCAGUCUUGAAACGUGCCUAUCGCGUUAUAAUAUUCCCCAAACAUGUGGCAUGUGUUCACCGAGUUCUUGCCGGUUCUCAACGUCACCGUGGGAUACGCUAUCAUAUGCACGCUCGCAGCGUGGGGCAUCUUCGACGAUUAUGACGUCGAGGUCGAUUUCGAGAUGUUCGGCGAAUACCCCAGCGUCUUCGCGCACCGCUUGCCGCCAUUCAUCAAAAUGCCGUUUAAUACGCUAGUGAACGCGCUAUAUGUAGUAUGCGGCUUCUUCUGGUUGCGCAAGAUCAGACUGGAAGAGGAAACGGACAGCAAAGAGGGGCCAGUGCUGAUGCCGCUGGAAGAAGCCUACUAUUUUCGCGUCUACGGGUGGGUCUGCAUCUACUACAGCGCGUUCCAGCUCAUGACCGUGCUGAGGCCCCACUACCGAGUGGUGUACGUGCUACACCUGAGUCGACUCGUCAUGCUCUCCUGGCUCAUCGUCUGGAGCGUCCACCUGCUGGACUGGGCUCGUUCCAGUGUCGUUCUCUGCAUCGGCGGCCCGCUGUUAUCGCUAAUGAACUUUAUGCUGCUGCUGGGCGACCCGAACGGCUACAACAGGGUCCUCGUCACGCAUCUGGGGAUAGCGUCCACGCUGGUGGCGUACAUGCAGGCCGUCUACGGCGACGUGUCGCACUCGUUGACGUCUUUGGGCCUCGUGCUCUUGUUGAGCGUCGCCUUCUGGAUAACCCUGAAGACUGACCUCAUGUUGGCUCAGACUUGGCCCAUGCCUUGCCGGGUCCUCACCGGUUACUUCUGGUCACGCGUCUGCGAAGUGGCUCUCGUUUACUUGAUGGCGCAGUUCAUGUUCGCGAUCCUGGUCAACAAGUACGUGGACCAGUCGCUCCAGUACAAGUACGAGGUGCCACAUCAGUUUGCUUUAUACAAGGAGCAGUAAAAAGCGGUGACGGGGAAGACUCUUGCGCAUAUGCAUUGUUACGAGUCUACUGGACGCGCAGGCAUCAAGAUAGAUUUAAUAUAAAAAAUAAUAGGUAGAGCGUGGCAACACAGUAAUACGUUGUGCGUUGCCUACGUUGGCUAUUCUAUUUGAUAUGGUUGGAGGGUGUAAUUGGCGCUCUCAAAUCGUCAAAUGAAACUGGAAAUUUCCGAUUCGUUUAAUUAUCCAUCAAUAAACCGUGAAAAUGAAAAAUGCUGAAAGGAAGAAACACUGACGUCAUAACUUUCUCACGGCCUAUAUAUGUACCACCUGCGAGCAGUUUUAUACUAUUUGGUCUAAUUUGUUUACUGUCAUGGUCCUGGUUUAUUUCCUUGAUUUAUUUACCAUUUUGAAGCGCAACGUGUACUUUAGUUUUUUCACCUCUAUAUAGUAAAUAUGAAUUCUCUA